CUCACUCUUUCGUUCCGAAUAAAAAAGGCGAGACCGUCGUCAAUUCGUCAUCAUGUCAUAUAUAUCAACACUCAACCUAGAUCCGUCACCGGAAGUGUUCAAUGAGGAAUUGUUAGGGCAAGAAUUAAAUAACUGGGCAACGGUUCCUUUGUAUUUUGAGGACACCCCUUUAAUUGAAGGCUUUCACUUGGGCUCGGACAGCAGCGACUCUGAAACUUUGGGAACACCGAAAAACGACCUACAAAAACUUGAAGAUGAAUAUUUAUACCCGUUACUCCCAAUGAUGAUCAAGAACGCGGCUGGAUCAAAUAUAUCAAGAUCAUCUGCAGAGUCUUACACGAUAGAUGAAACGGAGUCAAUAUCUAGGAAACGCAAAGUGGCAGAAGAGAAGGACAACUUAGACAAGACACCACAUGAUGAGGACAAAAGACGACGAAACACCAUGGCCUCCGCUCGAUUCCGGCAGCGAAAAAAGCUUCGUGAAGCUGCUCUUGAAAGCACUGCAAAGGAAAUGACUGACAAGGCUAACUCUUUGCAAGAAAAGGUGAAUGCACUCGAGAAGGAGGCCAAAUGGCUCCGCAGUCUCCUGGUAGAGAAGGGGGAUACUCUAACACUCGAAGGCGAUGAAGAACGGUAGCAUUUCUUCUUCUAUGGCAGGACUGCCAUUGUACAUAUAUAUAUAUAUAUUUUUUUUGGCUUUCUUGCAUUUGUAAUACUAUCCAGCUCUUCUCAAUAAAUACUGCAAUGUUGUAAAUACA